AUUGGAUUUUGUGAUUUAUCAACUGAUUAUAAAAUGAAUCCAUUAUUAGCAAAAUUGACAAAUCAUGCGUAUAAAUUUACACGUUUAGACAAUAGAAAAUUGGACAUGAGUAUACGUGCACAUAAUGCAGCUGUUAGCAAAUUAGCUAUACAUUCAAAGAAAUCAUGGUUAUGUUCAAUCGGGGAUGAUAAAUCAUGGAAAUUAUGGAAAAUUCCAAAAUUAGAAUUAUUAAUAGAAUAUAAACUAACCACAUCGGAUUGGAUAUCAUCAAUUGAUUUUCAUCCACAUGAUGAAUUAUUAGCUACAGGUUAUGCUAAAGGUUUUAUUCAA